UUUGUUUCCAGAAUGAUGCUGGUCAUAUGUCCCAUCCUGCUUAUGCUGGGUCAUCUGCAGGAAGUGGCGGCGGGAGCCGCGUGCCGGAUCAGCGAGUUUCCUUGCCGGAACGGCAAAUGCAUUCGGCUGAACGGUUAUUGCGACGGUCGGGACGACUGCGGCGAUUUGUCGGACGAACCAAUGUAUUGUACAGCCUGCAACCGGACUUAUUACGGCGACGUCGGAAAAACUUACGAGCUUCGGGUUGUUAAAGCUUUGGACGCUCGGUUGCCGUUCCUUUGUCAUCUCACGUUCACUGCCAAUGGUCAAAGUCAUGGGGACAUUGUUCAGCUCAUCUUCGACGAAUUCAAACUGGGCCGGUACGAAUCCAAUGCCUUAGACGGCUGUCCUGAUGGCUACAUGCAACUGAGCGAACUAGGCAGGCCUUUCACCGGAGGCUCCUGGUGCGGAUCCUCAUCGGGACCCGCAGCAUACUACAGCGAAACUUCAACAGUCACAGUUAGUGUAAAAUUGUUCGCUUCACCUCAGCUACCGUUCGCCUUCCGGUUGCGGUACCGCUUCGUGUCGCGUAAAGAAGCAGUGGUACGAUUCGGCUCGCCAUCUUCACCAUUGGAACGCGGUCAAGUAGCUCCGGGCACUUAUUGCACCAGACAAUUCGAAGAAUGCUACCGCAAGCCAUGCAGACUGCAAUCGCCCAACUAUCCGGGCAUGUAUCCCAGAAACGUCUCUUGCUACUGGAGCUUGAAGCAAAAAUUCGUCCCUACAUGCAAACACGCAAUGAUCGCCGUAAGACAAGAGGCAGCGCAUAAAAUGCACAUGAAACGUUCCAUUAAUGUAGCGGGCUUAAACAAAACCGCUCGAGCUUUGAGAGCUUGGCGCGAUUGCACCGGCGAACGCGACCACUUAAUUUUCUACGACGGAGGUUCCACUGACGAUCCUGUCUUGGCAAAAUAUUGCGGCGGAGAUUGGUUGCCUAGAGUCGUGUCUAGAGGACCGGAAAUGCUAGUGGCCUUCCAUUCGUCACCGUACAGCGUCCCGUUACAUUCACCUCCAAGUCAAUCUCCGCUUAAGGGAUUCGAACUCGACGUGGACAUAAUUUUCGCCGAUUCGGAUUCGCUCGAUUUCGCCCGACAUCGGCACAAGUGCGAAUUUGAUAUAAAUGCAACGAGUCCGGAAAGCGACGAAAUAUGGACCGGAAGAGGACGGAAAGGCAGGCUCAUCAGUCCUAAGCACUCGCUUCCCCCCAACACGACUUGUACUUAUAGAUUUAGAGGCUACGAGGGUGACAUUGUUUGGGUUAGUUUCACUUCGUACAAUCAAAGGCCGCUAUUAAUUGGCGAAAGCGGACACGCUUUAUUAGGCAAUAGUUCGUUUGGCGGCGGUUGCUUGACACGGUUACGUAUAUGGGACAAUAGGACUUUAAUUGAAGAUAAAUGUGACGAACCUCCAUUGCUUUGUGAUCAUAGUGCGUUAAGUAACUCGACUCGGGCUACGAGGCCUUGCACCAAUGACGAAAGCUAUAUUUCUGCUAAUAAUAAUUUAAUAGUGCAACACCACACUGAAGAUGGAACAGCUCUACAUCCGGCCUCGUUUAAAAUCAAAUACGAAUUUGUUGAUACUCGUUUGGGUGGUGAAGCGUGGCCUGAUAAGAGAAACUCAGGCCCUUGCCAUAGAGUAUUCAAAAGACACCACGUUGGGGAAAUUACUGGACCUAGAAACGUUUUUUUGUUUGGCCGAGGAGGCACCAAAGAUAUUCAUUGUAUUUAUCGUUUCGAGGCUGGCAAUAAUGAACGAGUGCAAUUGACUAUUAAUAAUGCCUCCUUUGGAGUGAAUCCGUCUUGUGAAACUACAACCGAUUUACAUAGUGGUAGACACACUUGCGAAUAUUACGCUGGCGGAAAUGUAGCUGAGUUUAGUAUAUAUGAAGUUCCUUGGCCCGAUACUCAUAUGCCUAAAGGCUGUGUUUGUGACAAUUCAACCUUAACUAGUAAGCCGUUAGUUUUUAGAUCUUCGUCAAAAACAUUAGAGCUUCAUUUUAAGGCAAAAGACAUGAAAAUAACUGAAGACUAUACAGUAUUACAUUUUCAUGCCUUGUUUGAAUUAGUUAAGAUAAGUGAUUGUCCUAGAUAUCAGCGAUUGCGUGGAGAUGGAGGUGAAGUGCAAUUUGCCUUUCCACCUGCCGAUAAAACAGAAACUCUUUGUUUAGGUUUGCCUUGGUUGGUGGAAGCCAGGCAUAACAAGAGCCUGUUUUUGCUUAGUUGGGGGGCUUUUUUGUCGUUGAAACCGCGGCCUGAUGAGCCUACCCGUUGCCCCACAACCAAUAGAAUUCUAGUUUACUCAGGCAAACCUCCUAAGUUGGUCAGAGCUAUUUGCCCUGCCGAACCUGGCUCAAGGCCUUUAGCUGUACACGUUUUCAGUGAAGAGUGGAGAGGAGAAGGCUUGACUCACUUAGUGCAACGUCCGCCUCAAUUCGUAGUAGAAUGGAUCGGUUUAGAGCCUGCAAUGGCAGCAUUCAAUUGGCUAGAAAUUUCAAGAUCAAGACACUCAUUGUUAACCCAGCUGCAAGUUCCAGUCAACACGAGUGCAAACGAUACAGAAUUGGAAUGUUCUCACAAGUGUCCGGAACUUGACGCUUGCAUCAGUCCAUUAUUGUGGUGUGACGGCAAAGACAAUUGUCCUUCGGGCUACGACGAAGCGGAAGCCCAAUGCGGCGCAACUUCAAAACUUUUAAAUUCUUUACCUCUAGCCGCUUUGGCUGCGGGAUUUGCCGUGUUCGCCUCGAUGUUUCUAUUAAUAUGCCUCACGGUGCACCGGUUGAGGGCGCGAAGACGCCGGAAAUUGGCCAAAAAGAAGUUGGACAUGGGCCCCGGCCUGCUCGAUCCCGGCAUCAACUCUUGA